ACAAAAUUUCAUUUAUGAUAAAAAUACAAAAUCAAUUAUGAAUUGGUACAAGUUAUUGGCGUGGGGAGCUGUUUUGUCCUGGGCUGUGUUUUCUGCUUACUACAUUUCAACAGCCAAGAUGAAACUGAAACUCACAGACCUUCUGUUGAUGAUGCCGCAGUGCUGUCAGAUGACAGAUCUAGUUGGUAGUGGCUACGUGGUGUUCUCACCAGAAACAAUGAUCAAGUUCUGUUUCGGUUUUCUUCUCCUGUAUUUCGUCACUUGGUGGAUCACAGCAGAAGAGGUGGUGGGCAAAACUGACACCGAAGUCUCCAAACUGGUGGAAUAUGUCGAGACGCAAAUUUUAAACGAUGAGGAAACCAAGGAGGUUUUACUGGACACUUCUAAGUCUCUUGUGGACAAGAUAGAUCUGGAGUUUCAACAUUGUGCAGCGUUGAUCGCAAUUAACAAUGAGACACCAGGCCAAAGAGUGGGAGGAGAGGUUGAGUGGGCGACAGGAGAGACAAGUUCAGAGGACGAUGAUGCAACAAGGGAGAUCUUUGGAGCCCAUGUUAAAACACCUAAACAAACACAAGAUGAGCAAAUUCUCAGAAGUUUUAUCUACCCCGAUGAGGAACUGACUGAACACUCGACUAUCAAAUGUGUAAAAGAACCAAAUCUGAAAAGUCUUUUGUCCGAUGAUAAAUGUAAAACCAAAGCAUCGUGUCAAGUUACAGAAGUGCAUACAUAAUCAUUUUACAAUAAAAUUAUUAUGUAUUUU